UGGAAAUAGAAUAUUUUGCUUUUCUGCAUAUAGCUCACUAUACACAGUCCCCUCAAAGUAUUGGAACAGCAAGGUAAUUGUUUUGUUUGUUAUCCAUUGAACACACAUGGGUGAUGUGUGUAUAAAAUUUCACCUUUCAUUUCCUUAUAACUACAUCUGGAUCUGUUCAACAACUUAAACAUGGCACAUUUUGUUGGAACCCACCCAUUUUUCAAGUGAACAAAAAUAUUGGAAUAUGUGACUGACCGGUGUUUCUUGUUGCCCAGGUGUACCGUUUGUUUGUUCCAACAAUUAAUAUGAAUAUCUCCUUGAUUUGAGACUUGGGUUUUGCCUGUGAAGACAAAAAAGGGAUCAUCAUGAAGACCAGAGAGCUAGCUUUGGGAGAAAAGCAAGUCAUUAAGUGAAGAGGAAAGAUUGGUCAGAGCCAUUGGGCAUAGCCAAUACAAUAAUCUGGAAUGUUCUGUAAAAGAAAGAAACCACUGGUGUACUAAGAUCCAGACAUUGAACAGCUUGGCCAAGGAAAACAACAGAGAUAUUAUGAGAGAUGUGAAGGAAAAACCCAAAAACAACCAGAAGGCGACAGUGGCAAGGAAAAAUUCAGAGACUACAUGAGGAAGAAACCUUGAGAAGUACCAGGCUCAAAAGGGAACCUAUCCUCAUCUGGGUGUGAUUUUAUAUGUGAUUGUCAUGUCCAGUCAUGAGACCAUUCGUGUUCUAGAGGUUGAAGUGGACGCAGCUGUGCCCUCCCCAGGAACGCGUGUGAAAACUGAGGCAGGAGCAGAAGAGGGGAGAGGAAAAGCUUUAGAGCCAGCAGAGGGGGCUACUCAGGAUAAACAAACAGCAUCCAGUACCAUCCCCACAGUUUCUAAUGAGGCUGCAGCCCCUUCUGUUCAGAAUGUUGCAAUUCCGAUAAGUCUCUCUUUGCCUCACCCUCAGACCAGCAUGCCUAUCUCUAUCCAGGCCUGUCCACAGGUUCUGACCCAGGAUGGCCUUGCUACUCUGAUGACUGGCAUGAUUGCCCAGCAAAGCACUCUGAGCCAGCCUCUGCUAAUUCCACUAAGUAUGGCAGGCUCUGUGGGUGGGCAAAAUGGCCUGGCACUACUGACCCUUCCAGCAACCACACUAGCCACUCUACCAGGUUUCGGUGCUGGUGGCCCAGCUGGAGGGCUGAUUAAGCUACCUUUUGCUGGCCUGCAGGCUGCCACUGUCCUGAACUCAGUCCAGCCUCAGCUUCAGGCACCUGCACAGACACUCCUACAGCCCCAGGCAGCUACACUACAGUCAGUUCAGCAGACUCAGGCUGCUCCAGCCAGCACUGCUACUGUAGCUUCAGUCAUGCACAAGGCCACUGAGCCUAGUGCAUCAGUUGCAACACUUCAGACCACAGGCCUCACCCUCAACCCUGCUAUUAUCAGUGCUGCAUCUUUGGGUGCUCAGCCCCAGUUCAUCAGUUCUCUGACUACAACUCCCAUCAUCACUAACACCAAUGUGGCAGGAUUAACCAGCCAGAUCAUCGCCAAUGCGCAGGGCCAGAUGAUAGGCACUUUGCCUGUGCUGGUGAACCCUGCAUCUCUGACAGGAGUAUCCUCAACACAUUCACCACCAGCUCAGGGUCUUCAGGUGCAGGCUGUGACUCCUCAGCUGCUGCUGAACUCCCAGGGCCAAAUCAUUGCCACAAUUGGGAGCAACCCUGGUGCUGCUGCUUUCACUACAUCCACCAGCUCCACAGUCUUGACUAAAACUACUUUGUCACACACCAAGGUCAACACACAGGCUCCCACUGUAACAGUAAACCAGUCUCCAGUCAUGAUCGCUCCACAGCCCUCCACAGGGAAAUCAACCUCCUCAUCGAUUCCUGUGGCCUGUGCAGAAAUGCCCACAGUCAGCCAACUCGUCAACAAGCCACAAUCUGGGGUGACUGAAGAAGAGGGUAUUAAUCUGGAGGAGAUUCGUGAAUUUGCCAAAAACUUUAAGAUUCGACGGCUCUCGUUGGGACUGACGCAAACCCAAGUGGGUCAAGCUCUUACGGCUACUGAGGGACCAGCUUACAGUCAGUCUGCAAUCUGCAGGUUUGAGAAGCUUGAUAUAACACCUAAGAGUGCCCAGAAGCUAAAACCGGUUCUAGAGCGUUGGCUUGCUGAAGCGGAGCUCUGGAACCAGAAGGGCCAGCAAAAUCUAAUGGAAUUUGUGGGAGACAUGCCUCCGAUUCCAUGGUUACACAAUUGGAGUCCAGUCCGUAAACCAGCUGGUCAACUUGAGAUGACCAGUAGCAGGUUAGGUACACACACACCUCCUUCUUGUUUGGGCUACAUUAAUUUAAGGAACUUGAGUACUGGCCUUUUGUUCUUCCACACAAAUUUUGACAGAGUUUUAUUUAAAUCUUUAAAAAAAAAGCUAGACAAAAAGCAAGGCAUUGACUGGAACAAAAAUGUAUAAAGGAGAGUAUUCAUUCUUAUUACAUUUAUCCUACCAAAUAGGGAAAUGGGAAGGGGAUCCCAUAUUUUAAGUUACUUUAAGAGGUAGGGCUAGGGAUUUAAAAAAAAAAAAAUCUAUCUAGUAGCCAGGAAAUCUAAUCGAGUGUGAAAUGCGCGUCAUUAUGGUUGGAAUGGAUUUCUGUGGAUGAAACGUAUAUAAACGGACAUCAUCAACAUAUAGUGAGAUUCGAUGAUCCUUUGCAUCUGCACCUAUGCUUCUGAUGUCUUGACAAUGCCUUAUUGCCUCUGCUAAUGUUAAUGGAUAGACCUUUCUAUGGCCAGUACAAAGAGCAUUGGUGAAAGAGGAUAGAAUAUUUCUUGUUCCUCUACCUCUUUGGAAUCAUUUGGAUGAUAAACGACUUGUGCUGAUGGUAGUGUAGGACUUUGAAUAUAGUAAUUUAUUUAAAUGUAUAAAAUUAGGGCCCAAAUUAAAAUUUUCACAGACAGUAGUUAGGAAUGGCCAUUCAGUGAAAUGAAACGAAAGGGUUACUGUCCUGAAAACAUUAAAAUAGACAACAUUAAAAUCCAAUGAGAUUUUCUUAUUUGUUGUCUCUAGGCUGAGAAGAGUUUAGAGCUGGCUCACUCAUUGGUUUAGACUUCAUUGCCAGGACAGAAGGCCAUGGCAGUGUAUGUUUAUGUAGGAAGUGACCGAUGAAUUAACCCAUCAGAUUUUGAUUUAUAGUGGGAGGGACCAAAAAUUUAAUCACCCUCAGCCUUCUUGAAGGCCAAUACGAGCUUAACUGCGAGUCGGUACCAUGAGUGUGGCGGUGACAUAACCUUCCAGCCAGUGUAGCGUUCAUCAGUAGUGUUAGCAAAUGCUAAUAAAGCAGUCAAGCCAGUGCUAUCGAGAGUAGCACAGGCUAAUGACAGAGAAACUAAGAUUUCUGUCUCCAGACUCUUCUUCCACUCUUCUUCCACUCACCACAGUCUUUUUUACUCAGACUUAAGUAUUCAUUUCCCCGUGUAAUUUACUUGUUUACUUUUAAAAUCAACAUCAACAACUGCACACAACGGAGCUACCUGGCAGCCUGCCACAGAUCUCUUGCAAAAUCCUUUGCCCUGUUGCUUUUUUGAUGUGUCUGGCUAAGUUUUGGCUGAGCUGAAGUCCCAGCUCUAAUAACCGUUUGCCACUGGUGAUAACCACUGGAAGUGCUAUACCAUGCAAACAUGAGAUGAUGUCAGAAUCUGGAAUACUGUAUUAUUCUAUGAUUUAUAAAAGGUUUCGAAGGUGCCAUUAAUCUUGAUCAUAUGUAUGUCAAU